AUGAUGAUAACAGACGAGCUAACAUCCUGUUUAACUUAUUUCAUUUUAAGUAAAAGAUCAGGGCGUCGCAAAUAACCUGAGACAUCAUGGGAACUUAUUGUACGCGGGUUACUUUCUUCUGCUGACGUUACUAUUCAAUUUAACACGUUAUAUAGCAUGCACCUAUCAAAUCAUCACCACUUUUAACCGGAUACAAAAGUAGCACGGAGGAGAGAGAGAGAGAGAGAGAGAGAGAGAGAGAGAGAGAGAGAGAGAGAGAGAGAGAGAGAGAGAGAGAGAGAGUGUGUGCUCAUACGAGAUUGUGUUUAUGAUGGAAGAGCAGGAAAACUAUGAAGGCAAGCGCUGUACUGCCGUGGAAGAAAUAAGACUGUUGAGAUCGUCUAGCAAAAAAGAUCCAAGAGGGGUUACAUUUCAGUCCAAGACCUUUGAUACAAACUUUUUUCAAAAUUCUUCCGAGUGUGAAACCAAGCUCGAGAGAAAAAAAUCUUCGACCAGUCAGUUUACUAAGACUAAUGCACAGUUUCAUAAGCUUUUUCGGGAAGUAUGUAAAGACGAGCCUCUAAAACAAAGUUAUACAUGUGCCUUACAAAAAGACAUCCUCUAUCAAGGAAAGCUGUAUGUUUCAGAAAACUGGAUCUGUUUCCAUUCCAAAGUAUUUGGCAAAGACACAAGGAUUGUUAUCACAGUCUCAUCCGUGACCCUUAUUAAGAAAACAAAAACUGCCAUUUUAGUGCCAAAUGCACUUGUUAUAGCAACCCCAAAUGACCGGCAUAUGUUUGGGUCUUUGCUCUCCAGAGAUACAACGUAUAAGGUCUUGAAAUCCAUAUGUGUUCACCUGGAGGACAAAAGUACCGGAAACAGUCCAGUCAUAUCGGCUGAAAACAGCUUCAGGGCAGAACGUCCAACAUCCUUGCCUCUGGAUUUUACUGCAGAUUUCUCUGAUCUGGAUGGAGCAGUUAGGAAAAGAAGACAGGAGAUGGAGGAAACUACCAGCUCUGGCUCACAGACACCUGAGUAUGGAAGUAUUCCAGAAUUCCCAGGAGUGUGUCCUACUUUCCUAAAUGUGGUUAAGAAUGGAGAUCUACCUGUCAAUGCUGAUAUUCACAUGCAACAAAAUCCUGAAAGAAACAUGAGUGUGCACAGGAAAGGUUCUUCCAAGCUGGUGGGUGUUUUGCAUAAAAUGAAAUCGUUAUGGCCAAUAUCUUUGAACUCCCUUCUCCUUGUCUACUUGGUCUUUGUUUGUGUCCUAGUUCUAUUAUCGUGUUAUAUGGGCUUUAAAAUAAUGGCUUUGGAGCAGCGAUUGACUUCACUGGGUUCUCUGACAGAGUAUCGGGAAAAUGAUGCUCCUGGCUAUAAUGUUCUGCUGCCCGGCUGUACGGAAUUCCUGGGAAGAAUCCUGGUAUGUGUCAAUAGGGAAGACACUAGUGAUCAUAUGGAAAUUCUGACUUUUUUUGGAGAACAUUUUGAAACCUGUUGGCUUUUUGUGCAGCAACAUUCAGAAUCAAAUGUUAAUGCAGAAAUGAUUCAUGGGGAGUUAACUUCAAACCUGGCCAAACUAGAACAGAUUAAGAAAAACCUACAAAGGCUUCUAGAUGAAACGGAAUAAAAAGGGUUAACUGAAAUGGAAGUUUUUCAACCUUAAUGUUUUGCUGUUUGCCUUUGGGACCACAAGACCUUCUCUGCUGGACAGAACCUCACAAUGAUGGUACUUGUAGCCCAGAUCAUGUGGACUGUACUUCACUGUGGAACACUUAAGUGGCCUUAAUGCUGUGGAAUGUAAAAAUCCUUACUAAUGUGCAAUAACAUUAUUUUAUUGUGAAACCUUUCCUGUGAAGGACUACACUGUUUCAAUUAGCUAGUUUCUCUUGAAAACAGGAGUCAUAAAUAGCUUAUUGCCCAAAGACUAUUGGUGGGUGUAGUAGAUGGGUGCUAGACCAAAUAAACUUUUGUUGUACUCCACUCCAAAUGUAGUGUAAUGUUUGAGCUUUUUGUUGCGUAACACUUGCAUGUGCUGGGCAUAUGCAUUGCAGAUUAUAUCGUUGGUGAUCUGCAUAUGGGUAGCUAUGCAUAAAACUGUAGAAACUGAAAUGUUUUGUAAGAAAAAAUGGGGUAACUGAAACAAAUGUUUAUUCUGUAUGAAGAAUUGUCUGGUACAUAAAAUGCUUCGAGUAAGUAGCAGGGUUCUGAGAAAUAUAGCAUUAUACAUCACCAUGUGUUGCAGCAGCUGUUUAACUGCCAUUUUCUUUUUGUUUACGUCCUUACCACUUUUUAUACUUGCAACUUUAACUUGCUUCAGCCCAUCACCGCUUUUGGAGCGUAGGCCAUCGACGACAUCCUGCCAAUGUGUCUGACUGUCUUCCAGUUCUCUGCAGGUGUUAUUCACUCAUGUCUGCUUGAAGGUUGCGUUUCCAGGUGUUCUUCGGUCUCCCUCUUUCUCUUCCCCUGUGUGUUCUAGGUCAGGGAUUGUCUGGUGAUGUUGGAGGUGGGCUUCCGUAGGGUGGGACCAAUCCAGCCCCACUUUCUCCUCCGGAUUUCUUCCUCGACAGGGUCUUUCGUGGCCCUUUCCCUUAAGUCAAUGUUGCUGACUAUCUGGCCAGUAAACGUGAAGAAUCUUGUGCAAACAUCGGUUGGUCGUCUUCAUUAUUAUCCUUGUCUUUCUUCACGUUUUGAGCCAUACAGGAGUAGUGAUUUGACAUUUUUUAAAUGAAUAUACGAAUCUUGGUGUGUGUUGUAAUUAUAACUUUUACAGUGUGUUUUCAAAGCUCUUCUUUUUUUUCUUCUUCUUCUCUAGUGCACUGGUGUUUUAGAUCUGUUCUCCUAAAUCACUGCAGGAAGAGAUUUUUAAAAAAGUACUGCACAGGCUUUUCUGUUCUGGACCACAUCAUGGAU